CUUGACACUCAAGAAAAGACCUGUGACCUGACUUAAAAUGGGCCAAAAAUAAUUGUUAAUACUCCUAGUCAUAAUUUGAUACUAGCUAGUAAUAGUUCUAAAUCAGAUUCUAGGCUGAAACUGGACAGUGCCAGGCAAGCUUGCCCAUGUGUUUCAGUACACAAAAAGGUACUUCUAACACAGCCCACCCAUUGUUGUCCCCACACUGCAAAAAAUUUCUACAUGCAUUAACUUCAUUGAUUCCAUAAUCAACCCAUCAAUCAAAUCUAUGAACGCCAACCAGUACUGUGAACUACCCCUACUAGCUCAGGUUAGCUAGUCAAGUUGAACUAAUGUUUGUGGGUAACUAAGCAUAUGUUUCAAAAACUUGAGUCAGCUGCUAGGCAGAAGUUGCUCUACAAGCUUAGCUUCUUUAUUUAUGCCUUUUCUAAUCAACAGGACACAUCAUAAUGUUCGAUUGCUGCUUAUAUUAAUAAGCUUAAAUUCCAAACCUGACUGUUGGAAAAUCAGAUGCCUGCACCUUCAACAAUGGAAAAAAUGGAAGGUGAGAAAGGACUUGGAGAUCAACCUGAGCGGAGAGACUCCUACAAGAUUGCUUAUAUAAUCCAUUUUUUGCUUGGUGCUGGUAAUUUGCUUCCUUGGAAUGCUUUCAUAACAGCUGUGGAUUACUUUGGCAAACUCUAUCCAACCAAGCACGUUGAGAAGGUCUUUUCUGUUGCUUACAUGACUUCUUCGGUUGUAGUUCUAUUUUUAGUCAUGAGUAGGGGUGGUUGGUGCAAGAAGCUCACUUACAGGUUCAGAAUGAACUUGGGAUUUUCCAUGUUUUUUCUCUCUUCAAUGGUGCCUCCAACAAUAGAUUGGCUUGGGAGACCAAACGGAGCCUAUAGUGUGACAGUCACAUCGGUGGUGGUUUGUGGUUUAGCUGAUGGUUUGAUAGGAGGAAGUCUGAUAGGAUCGGCAGGAAAGCUUCCCAAAGAGUACAUGCAAGCUGUUUUUGCUGGAACAGCCUCUUCAGGGGUUCUUGUCUCCCUCUUGAGGAUUAUAACAAAGGCAUCACUACCGCAGACUCCGCAAGGUCUUCGAACAAGUGCCCACUUCUAUUUUAUAGUCAGCACAAUUAUUCUGAUGUGCUGCACGCUCAGCUGCAAUUUCUUGUACAAAUUACCAGUUAUGGAACAGCAUUUAUCGCUUCUUCCAAAUGAUGAUUCGCUGAAUUCAAGGCCAACAUUUUGGGCUGUAGCAAGAAAAAUCCGAUGGCCAGCUUUCGGGAUUCUAAUCAUUUAUGUUGUUACUCUUUCGAUUUUCCCUGGAUUCAUAGCUGAAAGUCUUGCAUCCAAGUUGCUAGGGGAUUGGUAUCCAGUUCUCCUGAUAACGGUGUACAAUGUUUCGGACUUCGUAGGAAAAUCUUUAACUGCAAUAUAUGUUCUAAAGAGCAUCAAGAAGGCAACAUGGGCUUGCAUUCUCAGGCUUGUCUUCUACCCACUCUUUGCAGCAUGCCUUGAUGGACCCAAAUGGCUGAGAACUGAAAUACCUGUGAUGUUACUGACCUUCUUGCUUGGAGCAAGUAAUGGCUAUCUGACAAGUGUCAUCAUGAUCCUUGCUCCUAAGUCUGUUCCACUUUUAGAAGCUGAGUUAUCUGCAAUUGUGCUGGUUGUGUUCUUAGGACUUGGGUUAGUUGCUGGUUCAGUCCUUGGCUGGUUUUGGAUCGUAUGAUCCAUUUUGAGUCUCAGGUCACACGCUUGGUUUAUCCUGAAACAGCUAGAAAUCCGUAGUUAGAAAUUCAAUAACUGUGUUAACUAAAGCCUAUCUCCAGAUGAAGUAGAAGAAAUGAUUUAAAUGAAAAUUUGCAUUAUAUGAAA